AUGACCGAGUCAGUUAACAUCACCAAACUGAACCUGCCGCAGCUAGAGAUACUCGAGAACUGGCUGGAGUUCUUGUUCAUGACGACAAGGGAAAAGAAGGAAUUACUUGUCCCAGUGAAGAGUUCUAUGUAUGUCCCUGGGAAGCUACAUGAUGUGGAACAUGUCCUCAUCAAUGUGGGAACAGGUUACUAUAUAGAAAAGACAGCUGAGGAUGCCAAGGGCUUUUUCAAGAGGAAGAUGGACUUCUUCACCAAGCAAAUGGAGAAAAUGCAGCCCGCUCUGCAGGAGAAGCAUGCCACGAAUCAGGCUGCCAUGGAGAUGAUGGGCCAGAAGCGUCAGCAGCUCACAGCCUUGGGGGGCAACUCAGGCUACUGUCUGAGAGCUUGUUUCAGAAAUGGAACAGAGGGACCCUGCCUAAGGAGGUUAGGACUUUGUGGGCAUGGCUUCUUGGGGUCAAGAAAGAGAAGGAUCUAG